AAUGUUUAUUUUAGUUAAACUAAAAGGCCAACUAUGGCAAAACCAUAAUCAUGCAAGAUAAAGAAAUAUGGCAGUAUCACACUAAAAUACAACUCUAAGAUCGAGGCGAAUUAUAAGAUGAAUGAAUAAAAAAUCUAUAAUAUACCGUUAUUAUAAAUGCCUCUCACGAAAGUAAACGUUGAAAGAAACUAGAAAAACUUAAUCAUUGUGGAAUUGUUUUACUAUUAAAUAUCUUCUCGAUGUUUAUAUGCCAAGAAAAGUAAAUAAGAAAUUCUUUAUAAGUUUUACAUUUAAUUCGCGCAAAAAAAUGCCAACUUCUUUAACAACCUCGGAUCUGCAAUUGGAUGAAGAAACAGCAGCAUCAAAUAUAGGUGUGGUAAUUAAAAGAAAAUUAAAGAAAACCACUCAGAUGGUAGAUGAGGCAUUAAUUGAAUUACAUACGGCAAAAGGCGUUACUAUAAAACAGAUCUAUAGUUUUAUAUUGAACAAUUACAAUCUGGAAUCAUUAUCCCAUGCUAGGGUAGGCCUCAUCAAAAAACAUAUAAUAGCUUUAAGAGAAUCUAACGAUAUAAUAAAUAAAACAGGACGAGGAUUUAUAGGCCACUUAAAAUUGGUGGAUAAGAAAGAGUUUAUAAAGAAGCUUAAAACAAAUAUGCAACUAGCUAAAGAGCGUUAUAAUGCUAACAAGAGAUUAGCUAAACAAAACAGUGAAUCAAAUACAACAAAUAAAACUAAAAGAUUAAAAAAUACCAGCGCUAAGAGAAACUAUAAGAAAGCAUCUCUUAAUACAGAACUAAUCGCUCCACCGGUGAUACCCAGACAAGUUACACCACCUUUACCGGUUGUUAACAAUGUUUCAAUGUUUGAUACACCCAUGUUACCAACACAGGUACAUGCUUCAACACCUUUUAUUCGAGUAGGAUAUAUACCGCCGGCUCCUGCAGUAACACAAACGGAAAAUAGAAAAAGACCCGCUGCAGAUGAGUUGGGUACACCGCGAACUUCUCUGCCGGGUAAAAAGCGUAGAUUAUUAAAACGCUUUGAAUAAAUUAAUAGAUAUUUGUAGACGAUAUUUUAUAUAUUUUAUGUUAUUUGUAAAAUAUUUAUGUAAAUAUCUUUUAUAUUUUCAAAUAAGAAAAAUUUAGUCUUUCAGGAUUUGUAAGAAAUUAAAUUUGUCUUUAACUUUUUACAAGUCCUUAGAUUUUGUAACCUUUA